GGAAGCCGCUUAGGACGGGGGGACCCGCGAUCGAGGCGCAGGAGUCGGGCGGGGAGGAUCCUGCCGGUGGCUCUAGGGGCUCCGCGCGGCGCCAAGCGACGCCCUCCUCCCUCGGUCACUGUCCCGGCGGCAGCAGCUGCAACAGCGGCAACUGCUCACAUCCCGGCCCGGCUCGGGUUACUCCCCUCCUCCUCCAGCAUCUCGGGCCAGACGGAGAAAACCUUACUCAAGUUUGCAGCGAGUACUUUCCCGGUACGCAGAACUGAGGGUCUGGAAACGUGCAGAGACCGGCGUCCUUUCCCGCGCAUCUCCACGUUUGAGCUUGAACCAAGACUCGAGUGCCGCUCUCUUCUGGGACGCUGCUUGGAGGCUAAGUGCGCUGUUUGGAACAGAUUUUUGUUUCUCUGCUGGCGUUGCUUGAAAACCAGGGCAAAAGGGUUGCGCUGUGAACCUCAGAAUCUCGGAUUUUUCUUCAGAAAAGAUGGUUAUUUCUUUGAACUCGUGCCUGGGCUUUAUCUGCUUAUUGUUAUGCCACUGGAUCAGAACAGCAUCAUCUCUGAACCUUGAAGACCCUAAUGUGUGUAGCCACUGGGAAAGCUAUUCUGUGACCGUACAAGAAUCGUACCCACAUCCCUUUGAUCAAAUUUACUACACUAGCUGCACUGACAUUCUGAACUGGUUUAAAUGCACGCGGCACAGAAUCAGUUAUCGGACGGCCUAUCGACACGGAGAAAAAACUAUGUAUAGGCGCAAAUCCCAGUGUUGCCCUGGAUUUUAUGAAAGCAGGGAAAUGUGUGUCCCCCACUGUGCUGAUAAAUGUGUCCAUGGUCGCUGCAUUGCUCCAAACACCUGUCAGUGUGAGCCUGGCUGGGGUGGGACCAACUGCUCCAGUGCCUGCGACGGCGAUCACUGGGGGCCUCACUGCAGCAGCCGGUGCCAGUGCAAAAACAGGGCUCUGUGCAACCCCAUCACAGGGGCUUGCCACUGCGCUGCGGGCUUCCGGGGCUGGCGCUGUGAGGAGCGCUGUGAGCAGGGCACCUAUGGUAACGACUGUCACCAGAGAUGCCAGUGCCAGAACGGAGCUACCUGUGAUCACGUCACCGGCGAGUGCCGCUGCCCACCGGGAUACACUGGAGCUUUCUGUGAGGAUCUCUGUCCCCCUGGUAAGCACGGGCCACAGUGUGAGCAGAGAUGUCCCUGCCAAAAUGGCGGCAUAUGUCAUCACGUCACUGGAGAAUGCUCUUGUCCUUCUGGAUGGCUGGGCACGGUGUGUGGUCAGCCUUGCCCUGAGGGUCGCUUUGGAAAGAACUGUUCGCAAGAGUGUCAGUGCCAUAAUGGAGGGACGUGUGAUGCCGCCACAGGCCAGUGUCACUGCAGUCCGGGAUACACUGGGGAACGGUGCCAGGAUGAGUGUCCUGUUGGCACAUACGGAGUUCGCUGUGCUGAGACCUGCCGGUGUGUCAAUGGAGGGAAAUGUUACCACGUGACCGGCUCGUGCCUCUGUGAAGCAGGCUUUGCUGGUGACCUCUGUGAGGCGCGCCUGUGUCCGGAAGGGCUCUACGGCAUCAAGUGUGACAAGCGGUGUCCCUGCCACCUGGACAACACUCAGAGCUGUCACCCCAUGUCCGGAGAGUGUGCCUGCAAGCCAGGCUGGUCGGGACUCUACUGUAAUGAGACAUGUUCUCCUGGAUUCUACGGGGAAGCCUGUCAACAGAUCUGCAGCUGCCACAAUGGGGCCGACUGUGACAGUGUGACUGGGAAGUGCACCUGUGCCCCGGGAUUCAAAGGAAUCGACUGCUCCACUCCCUGCCCUCUGGGAUCCUACGGGAUAAACUGUUCUUCUCUCUGCCGCUGUAAAAAUGAUGCUAUCUGCUCUCCUGUGGAUGGGUCUUGUACUUGCAAGGCAGGCUGGCAUGGGGUGGACUGCUCCAUCAGCUGUCCCAGUGGCACCUGGGGCUUUGGCUGUAACUUAACAUGUCAGUGCCUCAAUGGCGGAGCCUGCAACACCCUGGACGGGACCUGCACGUGUGCACCUGGAUGGCGCGGGGAGAAAUGUGAAUUUUCCUGCCAGGAUGGCACGUAUGGGCUGAACUGUGCCGAGCGCUGUGACUGCAGCCAUGCGGAUGGCUGCCACCCCACCACGGGCCACUGCCGCUGCCUCCCAGGAUGGUCAGGUGUCCACUGUGACAGUGUGUGUGCUGAGGGACGCUGGGGCCCCAACUGCUCCCUGCCCUGCUAUUGUAAAAACGGGGCUUCGUGUUCCCCCGACGACGGCAUCUGUGAGUGUGCGCCAGGGUUCCGAGGCACUACUUGUCAGAGAAUCUGCUCUCCUGGUUUUUAUGGGCAUCGCUGCAGCCAGACGUGCCCACAAUGUGUGCACAGCAGUGGGCCCUGCCACCACAUCACAGGCCUGUGUGACUGCUUACCUGGCUUCACUGGCGCCCUCUGCAAUGAAGUGUGUCCCAGUGGCAGAUUUGGAAAAAACUGUGCAGGAAUUUGUACCUGUACCAACAAUGGGACCUGUAACCCCAUCGACAGAUCUUGUCAGUGUUAUCCAGGGUGGAUCGGCAGUGACUGCUCUCAACCUUGUCCACCUGCGCACUGGGGCCCAAACUGCAUCCACACGUGCAACUGCCACAAUGGGGCCUUCUGCAGCGCCUACGAUGGGGAAUGCAAAUGCACUCCGGGCUGGACGGGGCUCUACUGCACGCAGAGGUGUCCUCUGGGCUUCUAUGGGAAGGACUGUGCAUUGAUAUGCCAGUGUCAGAAUGGAGCUGACUGUGACCACAUCUCUGGGCAGUGCACUUGCCGCACCGGGUUCAUGGGGAAGCACUGUGAGCAGAAGUGCCCUGCGGGAACUUAUGGCUAUGGCUGUCGCCAGAUCUGUGACUGUCUGAACAACUCCACCUGCGACCACAUCACCGGGACCUGUUACUGCAGCCCAGGAUGGAAGGGGGCACGAUGUGAUCAAGCUGGUGUUAUAAUAGUUGGAAAUCUGAACAGCUUAAGCAGAACCAGUACGGCUCUCCCUGCUGACUCCUACCAGAUCGGGGCCAUCGCGGGCAUCGUCAUCCUUGUCCUUGUUGUUCUGUUCCUCCUGGCGUUGUUCAUUAUUUAUAGACACAAGCAGAAGGGGAAGGACUCGAGCAUGCCCGCCGUCACCUACACCCCUGCCAUGAGGGUCAUGAAUGCAGACUACGCCAUUUCAGAAACCCUUCCUCACGGCAGCGGUGGGAAUGCAAACAGCCAUUACUUCACCAAUCCCAGUUACCACACUCUCACCCAGUGUGCCACGUCCCCUCAUGUCAACAACAGGGACAGGAUGACCAUCGCGAAGUCAAAAAACAACCAGCUGUUUGUGAAUCUGAAAAAUGUGAAUCCGGGGAAGAGAGGCCCUGUGGUGGACUACACGGGCACGCUGCCUGCGGACUGGAAGCACGGCGGCUACCUCAACGAGCUCGGUGCUUUUGGACUUGACAGAAGUUAUAUGGGAAAGUCCUUGAAAGACCUGGGAAAGAAUUCUGAAUAUAAUUCAAGUAACUGCUCCCUAAGCAGUUCUGAAAACCCAUAUGCCACCAUUAAAGACCCACCUGUACUUAUCCCCAAACACUCAGAGUGUGGGUAUGUGGAGAUGAAGUCACCAGCACGGAGAGAUUCCCCAUAUGCAGAGAUCAAUAACUCAACUUCUGCCCACAAGAAUGUCUAUGAAGUUGAACCUACCGUGAGUGUUGUCCAAGGAAUAUUCAGCAAUAAUGGGCAUCUCACCCAGGAUCCGUAUGACCUCCCAAAGAACAGUCACAUCCCUUGCCAUUAUGACCUGCUGCCAGUCCGAGACAGUUCAUCCUCCCCCAAGCAAGAGGAUGGCAGCAGCAGCAGCAGCAGCAGCAGCAGCAGCAGCAGUAGUGAAUGACACCAAAGGACCACUGGGGAGCGGCUGGAGCCCUUUCCAGAACUGCAGUUCGGUUCUUCUCCAUCCUUGAGUUUGCCACCUUAUGUGAAUGUUAAUCUACUUGGUAGGCAGUUGUUGGACGUGAACCAGGAAGCUCAAAGCUGAGGCUGACUGACCGUCCAUCCUUUUUGUACAGGUGGCCCCGAAGGAGAUAGCAGUGUGAUUUGCCAUUCUUGUUAGUUUUAAAACUGCACCCAUGAAGCAUGACUUACUGUAAAAUCUUGGCUAAAAGCAUGAACUUGCAAGACUCUCUCAAAGAUGCAGGUGACAGUGGAUAUAGGUACUAUUGCUUGAAAAAUUAAAAUUUAAAUAUUUUCUUUCCCAUUUGCAUCAUCAAGCUGUACCUAGGAUUGUGCAGUUUACCAUAAAAUUUACUUCAUAAGAGUGUGGAUUGCUCAACAUGUAGAAGAAUAGGGGCAUAUUAUUGAGUCCUUAUGGUUUAACCUUUUCUUCAACUGGACUCAGAAUUGUAAGGAUAACAAUCCCAGCAGGAACCCAAGUGGCUAUCUGGGGAGACUGAAUAAACUCUGGAGGUGGAUAGCAAAUUUCAAUAUGAAAACUUUAGCCUUUUAUUAGAAUGAGGAAAUUAGCAUUACUUUAGAAAUACUAGAAUUGUUGCAGGACUCAGUACACAGAUGUGCCAGGCAGAGCGGCUUCUCUCUCUGCUUGACCCUUGGCUCACUUUAGAUCCGUGACAUUAUUCUGAUCAUUGUCCCUGUCAUACACAUUCGCCACUUGACAUCCAUAACAUAUCAAUAAUUAUUUCAUAAAUGCAGAAAUGAAAUAAUUUUAUUUUUGACGGAUUGCAUUGAAUGAGUGUAAAGUUGAUUGGAAAAGGUUGUAAAUUUUAGGUGUAAGAUGAUGCUUAAGUUUUGUAAACCAUUAGUAAUACAUGCUGUAAUAUAGAAUUAGCAGAACUUUUUGAUUAAUUUUUCCCUAGAAGUGACUGAAAUAUUUUUGUGCAUAUUUGAGAAAAGGGCACUUUCCUUUUAUUAAUUGUUGGUUUAGAGAAACUAUGCUUAAGCUGGUCUUUUGCAUUGCUAAUAUGACAUGUAUCCCGUUUUUCAUUAAUUUGUAUUUCCGUUUUUAAGCUGUAUAUUCUAUGUUUUGUAGUGUUUGGAUUGUUAAUGAAAAAAUAUUAUAUGUUUAUUGUUUCUUGUGUUGUUGCCACUUUUCUUUUUGCUUGAGAAAAAUGCAUUGUUCUUUUUUUCUUUUGGAAGGAGGAGAUGAAAAUAUAUAAAUCGAAUCCAUUAAAAUUGGUCAUUACUAAAA